UUGAGCCUCGCGACCUCGGGCCAUUGAUGAUCCACUUGCAAUUCCGACACCUCGGACAGUUCACCGAGUUCUGUAGGUGAAGGCCGUACAGCACUCAAAGAUGCCUGCCGUCCCAGACCGAGCCGGGAAGUCUGUCGUUGUGCAUAUGUCAAAUGGUCCGAGAGUGGUUGGUGGGAAUAGACUUCCUCGUACCUUCCAGCCUCGUGCCUUCCACCUGGAGAUAUGACGGAGUUAGGCAAUGUGUCGAGCGACGAUCAGCCUAUUGUAUCAUCGACGGCUGAGAUGAUAUAUAAUCCAACAUUGCCCCUUCUACGACAAAGGCAAUAAUCUGGUUUCAAUUCACAUCGUACCCCAAUCAAACGAUCAUGACACGCGUACUUCUGACUGGAGGCUCCGGCUUCAUUGCCGCCCACGUUCUCGACAUCCUCCUUGAGCAUGGUCAUUCGGUCGUGACGACUGUUCGUUCACAAGAAAAGGCCAACAAGAUCAAGGAGGCUCACCCCAACGCUUCCGAGAAGCAGCUCUCCUUUGCCAUUGUUGAGGAUAUCGCACAAGAGGGUGCCUUUGACAAGGCCAUCGUCUCCGAUCCUCCUUUCGAGGCUGUCAUCCACACGGCCUCGCCUUUCCACUUCAACGUCACUGACGUUCAGAAGGAGCUUUUGGAUCCUGCUGUCAUCGGCACGACUUCCGUCUUGAAGUCGAUCAAGAAGAGCGCACCUUCCGUCAAGCGCGUUGUUAUUACAUCCAGUUUUGCUGCCAUCAUCAACGCCUCCAAGGGCAACUGGCCUGAUCACACUUACACCGAGGCCGACUGGAACCCAAUCACACACGAGGAAGCACUCCAAAACCCCGCCAAUGGCUACCGUGCCAGUAAGACUUUUGCCGAGAAGGCUUCUUGGGACUUUGUUGAGAAGGAGAAGCCCAACUUCACCAUCUCGACCAUUAACCCUCCCCUUGUCCUUGGGCCCAUUGUCCACUACUUGAACUCGCUCGACUCGCUGAACACCAGCAACCAGCGUAUCAGAGACAUCUACCAGGGCAAGGCUAAGGAGCAGAUCCCAGAGACCGGAACCUUCCUGUGGGUCGAUGUUCGUGACCUUGCACUCUGCCACGUCAAGGCCAUCGAGGUUGAGGCUGCAGCCAACAAGAGAUUCUUCGUCACUGCUGGACACUUCUCCAACAAGGAAAUUGCUCAGAUCAUCAAGAAGGAGUACCCCGAAACUCAAGGCUUGCCCUCGGACAGCACGUCGGGCGGCGACUACCCCAAGGACGGAGUCUACAGCUACGACAACAGCAGAACCAAGGACGUUCUCGGCAUUCAGUUCAAGUCACUUCACGAGUCGAUCAAGGACACUGUCAAGUCCUUCCAGUCGGUCGAAGCAUAGAUUUAAAGAAGCAACAAUGAGCUUUCAUUAUGAUCAAAAGGUUAGCUAGGUUUAAAUAACUACGAUUGCAAUGAUAAUGCCUGUACACUUUACAAUGUUAGCCGACGGUGCCGCGAAAGAAUAACAAUGAUUGAUGAGAGGAAUGAAGUGCUGUGGAUCAGGCUGUUGAGCUUUGUUGACAAUCACGAAACCUCAAGUGGGUGUUUGAAGUCCAUUUUGAGGCUCCAUGGGUUUGCGUCCCGGAG